AUGCCAGGCUUCGGUCGCAUUGGACGGCACCACAACCGCUCGCAGCAAGCACUUGUUGACCCGAGCGGAGAGGUUGCUGGACCAGCGGCUUCGCAUUCUACACCUGGGCCGCCUUCCGGACCUGCUGCCGCCGGUCUUGGUGCUCCUCCUUCCUCCUCUACCUCACCUCAUCCUCACCUUCACUCCUCCUCCCUGGCUCCUGCCUCGAGUGCAAGCACAGCCAACGCCGCCGGCGCUAAUAGCCAAAUUACCCCCCUUUCAGCCUCGUCGACCGCCUUCAGCUCCAGCGAAUCCUUUGACAUUCACCAAAACCAGCUGCCACAUCAACAGCAACAUCAGCACCAACCGCAGAUCCAACACCACCUACAGCAGCAACAACUGCCAAACAUUCCGCAGCAAGGGCAGCAAGGACCACCUCCACCGCCCCACGAUUACCCUCCUCCCUCCUCGACCACCGCCGUCGCUGCUUCUGCUUCUGCUUCUGCCUCACGCAACUCCCUCCUCUUGCAACACCACAACCCCCCCAUUGCUGAUUUACGCCAAAGGAGUCUGCAGGAUUUCAACGACUCCGUCUCCCGCUCACAGUCACAGCGCUACCCCCCCGGCGUGGCCCCUUACCCUAACAACAACCAAUUCAACCCUGCUGCGUCCAGCUCCGUCGACAAUCUUAGAGCGCCCGCCAACAACACCUCUGCUGCUCCAGUCCAUACUCAAGCGACAUCGCCUCUUGCCCAACCCCCUCAGGAGAAGCGAUCGGCACGGAGACUGCUCAAGAACAUCUUGGGCGGAUCGGGCCGCGAACAUCACAACACCCCGCCCCCCCAAUCUACCCCGCCAAGUUCCUACGAUAACACUGCCGGUCUCGCUCGCCGACCAUCCAAGAGAGUGAGCAACCCACCAUCAAGAACCGCUGUCUUGCCCCAGCAGCCUUCCCAACUGUCUUUGGAUCAACAGUCCGCCGACUGGCCACUCCCGGGACCUUAUCAACAACCGUCCCCGCUGCAGGGCGUUGGCGAGACCAACCAUCACCACUUGACACAAGACCCUAACAGAGACCCCCGUAUACAGAACCCCGAACCCAACCGCAACUCGAUUCGUUACGUGCCGACAGACUUCGAGAACACCCCCUACGAAGAGCCUGUCUACGGGGAUCAGCAGCCGCAGCAGGUGCCCGCUUUGCUAGAGCAGCAUCAACUCGCCCAGCCGGCUGCUUACGACCCCUCGCAGCAGCAAUACCAACAGCAUCCCCAUCAGCAAGGUGCCCAAUACCAGGCCGGAUCGCCUGCCAUCUAUACCAGCCACCUGGAUACCGGCUCGCAUCAAAACCCUGAGACCGUCUCCCAGCUGUCGCAUGAAUCACCUGUCACCGAUUCAGACGCUCGCUCGGCAAACGUUCAGUCCACCCAAACCUCCCCCGCACUAAGAUACGCCGUGCAGACCACAGACAGCCCGCUGCCUCCAACACUUCCCCCUUCCCAGCAAGGAACACCUCAGCCUCCACAGCAGAACAUGGCACCCCCCCCUUCCGGUGGCCCUCCCCCGAACCGCCGGUCGCAAGAAACGGAGAAAGCACUGCGCAGUCAGGUCGACGCCCCUGCGGGUCCUCCCCCGGGCUACAGACAGAGCCAGACGAUGCCUCCCGCCGCUGGUGGCAAUGUCGCUGUCUUCCGGGCCGGCGGCGCUCAAGAAGCGCGCCAGUUUGAAGGAGUAGCAGGAGAGCAAGGCCGAAAUAGCCCCCAGCCUUCUAACCCCGAUCGUGAUGGCGCAGAUCCCGACAAGUUCAAGGAGCUCUGUAAGCCCCCAGUGACCAAGUAUAAGAAUGUGAAGCGCCUAUACUUUGACGGCAAGACGCAGAUCGACAACCUCAACUCCCAGAUCGAGCAACUGCAAAAUGCGGUUGCGAACCAGCGCAUGUCGCAGUCUCGCACCGCCCUCGACGACAGCGAGUACAUAACGAGAUUCAACCGCCUCAAUGGCGCUAUCAACAACCUCUCAUUCAACAUUCGAAAGGACUGGCGUACGGUACCGCAGUGGCUGGACAUGUUUGUCAGCAUUGACGCGCUCAAGACUGGAAAGCAGGAGAUGACGGCCGUUGGCCGUGCAGUCAUCACGAGGUGGAUUGUGGAGGAGAUCUUUAACAAGUGCUUCCACCCUGGCCUCAACUUUGAGCUCAGCCGGCAUCUGAAGGAGAUCGAGCUCAACAUCCGGCGCUUCUCCUACACGAUGACUAGCCAAGAAGAGUUCGACGCCUUGACGAACAAGGUCGUCAGCUGGCGGAUGGCUACACUGGAAGGUCUCCAGAGGGUUCUCAACUCGCCGGAAAGUGCAGACAACAGAGCGGACUUCACCCGCAUGUGUACGUCGAAUCUGACGGCGACGUUGUUCCAGUACUUGGCCGACCCGCCGCCCCCCGGUGUCGACAGCAGCGCUUCCAUGAUAGUGGAGCUGGCGGUGGGUAUCGCGGCCAACCUUCCGCUUGAGAGCAGAGACGUCGCGAUCAACUACCCCUUACCUGGAGACCCGGUUCAGUUGAACCUGAUGGAAGUGGAGAAGACGCCGCUCCCACCCUUGGAUAACCCCAAAGCCGAGAGCGAGGCGGAGGGUGACGAGGGAGACAAGGACAAGAACGGCAAAAACCAGCGGGCUGACAAGACCAAAAGUGGUAUGUUUACAACCAUACUCGGCGGCGGACCGCAUGCCAGCCGCAAGGGCAGCACUGCGUCAUCAAUCGUGCUCACAAGUACUGAUGCCGCCCCUCCUUCAGCUCUUCCACCCAAAGACAACAGCACUGUACGGCUUGCGGGCUUCCCCGUUGUGGAAGUCCGGGGCCGCCAGGUUCUGGUGAAGGCAACCGUGUGGACCAUUUGA